AUGGAAAUCGGCGGCGGCGGCUCUUCAGCGGGCGGCGGGUCGAGGCGGCGCGGGGCGGAGAAGCCGUACAAGGGCAUCAGGAUGCGCAAGUGGGGAAAGUGGGUGGCCGAGAUCAGGGAGCCCAACAAGCGCUCAAGGAUCUGGCUCGGCUCCUACUCCACCGCCGUCGCCGCCGCGCGUGCCUACGACACCGCCGUCUACCACCUCCGCGGCCCCACCGCCAGGCUCAACUUCCCCGGUGAGGUCGGCCCCGCCCCCGCUGCCGGGGGGGACCUCUCCGCCGCCGCCAUCAGGCAGAUGGCGGUGGAGGUUGGCUCCAGGGUCGACGCCCUCCAGGCCGGCGCCGGAGGCGGCGGGGAUCCGCCGGCGCCGCACGGCCGCGGGGACCACGCGGUGACCAGGUCCUCCUGGUUCCACCACGACCUGAUUGACCUCAACAAGAAGCCCGAGCCCGAGGAAACCGACUCGUCGGAAAACUGGUGA